AUGACCAAGACCCUCCCUGAGUUGGUCUGUCUCGAUACGCUGACGCCACAGCCUCGCCGCCCAAUAACGUGUGUCUGCGUUGGCGAGUACAGCUUGUUUGCUGGCGGACGAGACGGUGCGAUCAGCGAGUGGGACCUGGAAACCAAGACCCUCGUGCGCACCUUCACGGGCCACACCAAGGCCGUCACAUGUAUCGGAUUCCACAUGUCCCGGCUUAUGUCAGGGAGCGAGGAUAGCACCGUCAAGGUCUGGAAUGUGUCGACUGGGGUCUGUUCCCGGACAAUCGGUGGCCAUGAAGGCUAUGUCACCGCGCUACAUAUUUCGCACGAUGGACGGCUCUAUACCGGUGGCGGCGAUCGCACCGUCAACGAAUGGGAUCCCCGCACGGGCCGCCGAAAGUGGACACUCGCUGGACACAAGCGACUGGUAUUAGCACUGUGCACAUCCACAAACGGCCUGCUGUACUCUGGCAGCAACGACCAUACCAUUCGUGUGUGGGAAAUCGACACCGGCCGCUGUCUCAAGGUCCUCGAGGAACACUCGGACUGGGUCUUUUCGCUGUGUCUCGGCAAUGACGUUCUCUACAGCAGCAGUCGCGACGGCACCAUCAAGGCCUGGGACAUAUCGACCUACCAGUGCCUGCGAACGGUAACGGGACACGGUUCGCACGGCGUCCGGUCCAUCUGCUGCGCUGGUCCCAAGCUCUACUCUGCCGGUGACGACAAGAACAUCGUCGAGUGGGAUAUCAAGAACGCGCGGCCGCUGCGCUCCGUCGAGGCGCACUUUGGUUCGGUUGCGUCGAUAUGUGGCCACGAUGGCAGGCUCUUCAGCGGAAGUGGCGACGGGUGUGUUAAGAUUUGGGACCUGGGUAAGUAUCACCGCGACCUUUCCCCCCCACCUCGAGCUGCUGUCUCGGCUGCCUUGCAUCGUUUGGAACAAGGCGUGUUCUGA